UAUAUAUAUAUAUAUAUAUAUUUGGUUGGAUUUGUCCUUCAACGCAGCUCUCUCUCUCUCUCUCUUUCUCUUUAUUUCCCUCCCUCACGCAAUUCGCCCGUUGUAUUGUGGAUGACGCGGCACCCAUACCUGUGCUGUGUGCUUCUUGUGCCGGCUGGGCGUGCAGCCUGGGGAAGGAAGGGUGAUGGGGAUGCGGCUGCCAUGGUAACACGUCGAUUAGAUUCAGACCUUUGUGUGUAUUUAUUUAUUUAAUAUUUCAGUUGCGUGCGUGCGUGCGUGCCUGAGAGGUGACGGGUGUUUUGGAAGUCAGCCUGCAAUCGGAAUCAGAAUAGUAAGACUGGUGUCGCGUUCCUUUUGAGUUAUGAUUGGCCAUAGAAUUGCCUAUUUAAAUAUUUGGCUAUUCCUUCUCAAGCUCAACAAGUUAUUCCGGUUGGAACAGUUAUUCAUGGAUAUAAUUCAUUCAAGUGCACUUAAUUUCUUUGCAUGGUUUGAUUAAUCAAGAUUCGUUAAAAACAUGUAUAUGCAACGGAAGGUUUUGUUAAUCGUAAAUUAAUAGGAUGGGCUCCAAAGAUGUCGCUGUAACGGUCCAAGGAUGUCAUUGGGAGUGACUGGAGAAGUGGAAGAGGAGGGGAAACGCGUCUGAAAUAGCAGAACAUUUAUCCGGGCGGAUUUGUAGACGUCACAUAUUCUGCACUUGCCCAGGUUGUCUGUUCUGUUUGUGUGUUUCCGAACUGAAUUCCGAAAAUAACCCUAAUGCUGACGCUAACAGCUUGUCUUGUUUUACGUGCCCGGACAAAGGGAAUAUUAUUGGGUGUUAGGCGAGUGUCGACUAAAUUGGGGGUACCACCACUUGCAUAUGUACUCUUGCUUAUUUUCGUGUCUGUGUGUGUGUAUCUCUGUCUGUGUGUGUGUAUCUCUGUCUGUGUGUGUGUAUCUCUGUCUGUGUGUGUAUCUCUGUCUGUGUGUGUAUCUCUGUCUGUGUUUGAAAGCGUGUUUCAGUAUAAAUCGGUGCGUUGGUGAGUCAGACUGUGUGCAAGUGUCUGUCUGUGUGUGUCUCCUGCCCGUUUGUGUCCGUUAAAAACAAACCAAUCCGUACUGAUGAGGCUCACGUGUACUUGUCAUUCAUAGGUAGCCAACCACCCAAAACUACCACCUCUCAUCCACUGUCAAGAUGAACUCUUACAGAAUACUGCCAUGUGUCGAUGAGAGCAAGAGGGAGACAUAUCCUUGACAACCAGAGAGGGAGGGUCAAAGAGCGACCUGCGUCAUUAUCCCUGAGAGAGAGACCAGGAAUUAGGUGCCAAUAUGCCUGGUGUGGAAACGCUGAGGGCGGCAGUAGAAAGGAGAAGGUGGGCCUCAGGCCAGGAGAACAAGGGAGGAUGGAGAGAUCUCGAUGAAGAAAAGCGAGCUGGGGAAAGGAGGAGAUAAGAGAAAGCACUGCCAGCAUAUUUUUGGAGUGACAAAUCUAUUCGUUUUUACGUGGCAAACACCCAGAGGUGGGGUUAGGAUGCACAGAUCAGUGGAGAGGAGACAGAUCACUACAAGCCAUUGGAGAUUAUAAAAACUUGAGGUCAACUAUUUAAUCACCACCUUUCUCUUUCCCCAGACAGUCUUAGCUAGUAGCCUGUUAUUAGGCUCCUAGUUGAACAUUGACAGGACAUAUUGUCCCAUUUGGACAAUCUGUUUCCAGCGUGAGAGUGACAGAGAGUGAAUCUGAGAGUGACAGGUUAUAUUGAUCUCCCUUUGUCCCCCUUCUCCCUGGUUAGGGGAUGGAUGGGGUGGCGGGAGGUGUUGGGCCCCCUGGCGGGGGUGAGGGUCGGCCAGGUCGUAGUGGAGGAGACUCUAAAAGGCGCAGUAAGGGCAGCCUGCCCUCCCCAGGGUACCGCCUCUCCCAGGCAUCGCUGGAGGGUGACAGGUCAGGGGUCGAGGGGUCCGGUUCCGGAGGGGGGCGACGGCGCCUCUCCAUCUUGAGUGCCACCAGAGACGGCCUCCCCUUCCAUUCAGCUGGCACCCCGACCACCCCUGUCCCCCUGCCCCCUCCUCCAGCCCCCUUCUCCUCCACCCAGCAGCGUUCUGUUGGCUUUUCCUCGUCACGCGCCGCCCUUGCCUCCACUUCCUCCUCCACCGGCACCGGAGUGGUCGUUGUAGCGUUGGGCCCGGAAACCACGACAAACACGGCUUGUAACACCGUGGCGGGCACGCCGGAGAUGGGGAGUCUGUCUGGGACGGGGGGCAUGGGGGGGUUUGGGAUGGGUCUAGACGGGGAGGACUACAGCUACUCCAACCAGUCCACCUUCAUCCAGAGACAGUUUGGAGCCAUGCUGCAGCCGGGGGUCAACAAGUUCAGCCUGCGCAUGUUUGGGUCCCACAAGGCUGUGGCCAUGGAGCAGGAGAGACUCAAAUCAGCAGGAGAGUGGAUCAUACACCCCUACAGCGACUUCAGGUUCUACUGGGAUCUGAUCAUGUUGUGUUUGAUGAUGGGGAACCUGAUCGUCCUGCCAGUAGGAAUCACCUUCUUUAAGGAUGAGAACACUCCUCCCUGGAUCAUCUUCAACGUGGUCUCUGAUACUCUCUUCCUGGUAGACCUGGUCCUCAACUUCAGGACUGGUAUCGUCAAGGAGGACAGCACUGAGAUACUGCUAGACCCCAAGGCUAUCCGUCAGCGCUACCUAAAGAGCUGGUUUGCGGUGGACUUUGUGUCGUCCAUCCCUGUGGACUAUAUCUUCCUGAUGGUGGACUUGGAGGCCCGGCUGGACUCAGAGGUUUACAGGACGGCCAGGGCCCUCCGCAUCGUACGCUUCACCAAGAUCCUCAGCCUGCUACGCCUGCUACGCCUGUCACGACUCAUACGCUACAUCCACCAGUGGGAGGAGAUCUUCCAUAUGACCUAUGACCUGGCCAGUGCCAUGGUGAGGAUAGUCAACCUGAUAGGCAUGAUGCUGCUGCUGUGCCACUGGGACGGAUGUCUACAGUUCCUGGUUCCCAUGCUGCAGGACUUCCCCCUGGACUGCUGGGUCUCCAAGAAUAACAUGGUGAAUGAUACGUGGGGGAUCCAGUACUCCUAUGCCCUUUUCAAGGCGAUGAGCCACAUGUUGUGUAUUGGCUACGGUGCCCAGGCUCCAGAGGGCAUGACAGACGUGUGGCUCACCAUGCUCAGUAUGAUCAUUGGUGCCACCUGCUAUGCCAUGUUCAUCGGCCAUGCCACCGCUCUCAUACAGUCCCUGGACUCCUCAAGACGACAGUACCAGGAGAAAUAUAAGCAGGUGGAGCAGUACAUGUCGUUCCAUAAGCUCCCUGCAGAUGUCCGUCAGAGGAUUCAUGAGUACUAUGAGCAUCGCUUCCAGGGCAAGAUGUUUGACGAGGAGAACAUACUGGGUGAACUCAGCGAACCACUAAAGGAGGCGAUAGUUAGCUUUAACUGCCGUAGCCUGGUGGCUCACAUGCCGCUGUUUGCUAACGCGGACCCUAACUUUGUGACGGCAGUGCUGACCAAGCUUCGCUUCGAGGUGUUCCAGCCCAAUGACUUCAUCAUCCGUGAGGGCACGGUGGGACGCAAGAUGUACUUCAUUCAACACGGACGAGUCGGCAUACUCACCCGCGGAAACAAGGAGACCAAACUCAGUGACGGGUCCUACUUUGGGGAGAUCUGUCUGUUGACUCGGGGCCGGAGGACGGCGAGCGUCAGAGCAGAUACAUACUGUCGUCUCUACUCCCUCAGUGUGGACAGCUUCAACGAGGUCCUGGAGGAACACCCUAUGAUGAGGCGGGCCUUCGAGACGGUGGCCGUCGACCGGUUGGACCGCAUCGGUAGGAAGAACUCUAUCCUGAUGAGGAAGCCGUCCCAGGCGGGUUCCAUGGCGGGGGGCAGCGGUUUGGGGCGUGGGGGUCGAGGAGGAGGGGGGGCAGGGCUAGGCAUGGGGGGGCUGGGCUCCUGUGACAGCAUGCUGGUUCAGCAGAUUGUUAAACACGACAGCAUGCCAGCCAUGCAGGAGGCCAUCGCUGCUGCCGCUGCAGGAAGGGGAGGGGCCACGGGAGGAAGUGGUACUGUCUCCCCUAGGCCCCACCCACUGAUCUGGGCUCCACUGAUCCACGCUCCGCUCCAGACGGCGGCCGCUACGACUAACGUGGCCAUCGCCCUCAUGCACCAGCAGCAGCAGCAACAGCAGCUUCAACAUCAGCUACAGCAGCAACAUGCGCUAGGAGGCGCUAUAUUCCUCCCCUCCAUCUCUCCAUCGCCCUCCGUCUCCUUCCCCCUCUCCCCCCCGCGGCCCCCUGUCCUGCAGCCCCUGCGCCCCUCUGUGAGUUCCCUCAUUGGGAUGAUGGGGGUAGGAGGGAUGGGGGGGCUGUCCCCUAGAGGGGUGUUUCCUGCCUUCCCCUCCCCCUCGCCCUUCCCCAUGGCCCCCCUGGGAGGUGUGAUAUCACCCCCUGUUGCUCAAACCCCACCCACACCGGCCUCCUCUGUCUCCACGUCAGUCCAAUUAGGAAAGACCCUGCACUACAGUCUCCGUCUCCACCCGGAACACUCUUCAGUGAUGGGUGGAACCCCAGGAAUCCCCAAGGUAGGAGGGGCCACCACACCCCAUCUGUUCUACCACGUGAAUCCAACUGCAGCCACAAGUGUCAUGUCAGACAAUUGCAGUUCCAUGGCUGGCCAGCAUGGAGCCAAGGAGGCGCUAUUGCGUCAUGGAGGCAGCAGCAACCAGGGCCUGCCUGCACUUGGGAGGCUCACCCAGGAGGCCAGGCUCCUCUCCGCCUCGCAGCCCACCCUGCCUCAUCGAUCCUGGGCAAGCAUGCAGCCUCACCCCCCUCUCGAGCGGAAGGCCUCUGGAGGUAACCUGCUGCCAGCCUCGUUCCUGGCUGGGACGCAGCUAGCCAGGGGUGGCAGUGUGGGGGUGUUGACUACUCCCCUGCCAGUACAAGUCCCAGCACAACAGUUACAGAUGCCCCCAUUCAAUGCACAGAUACAAGCACAUAACCUGGGCUCUAUACAGCCCCUCCCUGAUCCUGUCUCUACACACUGCCCUGCACAUACACACACAGCCACACACACACAUCCUGUCGCUGUACCUGCAGCCACACCCACAUCAGCUUCUCCCCUGGCCUCCUACACUUCCUCCCCCAAACAAACCCCCCUCUCCUUUUUCACCCCCUCUCCUGCUCCCGCUCCUUUCUCCCUCAUCCCAGCCCUGCCACUAACCCCUCGCCCCAAACUCACCCCUACACCCCCAUCUCGCUCCUCCUCUCCUCCCCCUGCUCCAUCCCUCCCUCUGCCGGAACUACUCCACUCACCUCAACCCCGCCCCAAACCCACCCCUACACCCCCAUCUCGCUCUUCUUCACCCUCUCCCUCCUCCACUCCCCCUCCCUACUCUGUCAGUGCUCCUCUCUCACUUCCACAAACCCAUGGGCGCAAGUCCUCUCUCGCGGCCCCCUCUCCCUCCUCUUCCCUACCUUCCUCUCCCACUCUUCUUCAGAGCCCCCUAAUCAAGCCUCCCCCCUACACCCCCUCCCCUUACCCUCUAUCUGGGCCCACCCCUACCCCCUCUAAAGCCUUUACCCCUAUCCAGACUCAUACCCCUACCACUACCCUCUCUCAACCCUCCAAUCGUCCCCCUACACCUAUUUCUACUCCUGUUCCCAUUCAGAGCCAAACCCUAACUGCAACCCCCAUCCCAGCCUCCACUCCCACCCCAGCCCCCACCCCAGCCUCCACUCCCACCCCAGCCUCCACUCCCACUCCCACCCCAGCCCCCACCCCAGCCUCCAAUUCCACCCCAGCGCCCACCCCAGCCUCCACUCCCACCCCAGCCUCCACUCCCACCCCAGCCUCCACCCCACCCUCCACUCCCACCCCAGCCCCCACCCCAGCCUCCACUCCCACCCCAGCCUCCACUCCCACCCUAGCUCCAACCUCAACCUUGAUUCCCACCCCGUCUUCCAGUAAACCUCCCACUCCUAUCUCUAUUCCUCCACCUGCCCAACCCCUAGUCCAAACCCCUGCCCCAAAACCCUUUUCUAAAUGUUCUGUUACCCCCACAAUCCCACCUGUACCUAUCCAUACCCCAAAACAAUCCUCCACCCCCAAACCUGCAUCAACCCAUACCCCAAAACAGAGCCAACCUUUAGGUCCUGUCCCCACACCUACCUGUACCCCUUACACCAGUCAUGCUCCAAAGCUGACCACAGCCGUAACACCUGUCCAAACCUCCACUACCACCCUCCCACCCACUCAGGUGGUCCCAGGCCCUGCCACCUCCCUCUCUCAAACCUGUAGCCCCCCAGCCACCUCUGCCCCCUCCGCCUCUCCCAAGGGGGGCAAGAAGGACCCGUAGCUGCCUCAGACAGGGAAAGACUAAUAGGGACUGAGAGAAAAACUGCCUGCCAACAUGUGAUGGUCCUGGAGGAAAUUAUCUGAUUGGAGGAUGGACUUUUCGGGCCAGAUAUACUGUGUAGAUUGUGUCACCAAACACCCCAUGCUCCAAUUAAAGUAGCACACUGUAGGGAAUAGGGUACUGCAGAUUUGAGUUCAACAAACUAUCCUCCAAACAGUCCAUGACUUGCGACUAGGUUUUAACAGUUGUUGCCAACAUGGCAUGCCAAAAUUCUAGAUUCAAACCGAGUUCGGCAGACUCUGUCUAUCUAUAGCUCUGGUGACUAGGGCAGGCUAGAGUAGAAUCACAGUUUAUGUUUGAAGUCCAAACAUGUAGAUACAUAUCUGUGUAAGUGAUUGUUGGAGCAAGCAAGAGAGAUGAAGUGGAAAGAUAAUGGCAGCACACAGUGGGAGGGAAAGACGAGGACGAUGAUGACAAAGAUAGCAAUGGGGUUCGUUGCAUCUUGCUGCUGAUUGGAGGAGGGCUAGCCAAUUCUAAAACGACCAAUAAGAUAGGCACUUCCUGAUUUCCAGCUUCCCCUCCCUUUUGCCUCUCGCCCUUCACCAAAGUGUAAUAUUUUGUCAUUAUAUGAUUAAUCAUAGUAUGAGAUUACUAAUCACUGUAAAGUUAAUCAUCAUAUUGAUCAGUAACUAUAGGAGCGAUUGAUCCACUUGUAGUUAUGUUGUCCAAGUUGUGUGGUGUUUAGCUUCGUUUAGCUUCGUUGUUCACACAACUUCUGUAACUGAAUUGUGUUUUUUGGUGCAACACUUAAUAAUGCUCCCUCGUAAACUGUGGAUGUAGGUUUAUUUGUUCCGCCUAGCUUCCUGUAAAUGCAUGCCUCUCUCUCUAUUCCCUCCUCUUCCCUCGUUCCUCACCUCCUCUGGCUCCUGUCUGCUUUCAUCCUGUCUUUCAUCUCUGUAUGUCGGAUCCUCCUUUCAUCUUUCACAGAGCUUUUGUAGUUAACUACUGUUCCAGGGACAUUCACAGAUGCUCUCUACCUCUCUCCAUCUCUGACUUUUCCCUCUCUCUACUGUAUCUCUCUCUAUCAUUCCCUCCCUCCAUCCAUCCAUCCCUCCCUCCCCCUCCUUUGUUCCCUCCCUUGUCCUGGUGUCAUGUCCAGUGCUGUUUGAUGUUUUCUGUGGGUAGCAACAGAGCAUUCCUCUUUUAACCCUUGAUACCAUGUUGCCUAGAUUAUAUUUAAGGACCAAAUGUUUUAUUUUUUAUCUGUGAUCACAGCUUUAGCUUUUGAGCAAAAUCAAUGAAAUGAUAGUUGUUGAUGAUGAUGUUAUUGAUGACCGUGAUGAUGUUAUUGAUGAUGAUGAUGAGGAUGACCAUGAUGAUGAGGAUGACCAUGAUGAUGUUAUUGAUGACCAUGAUGAUGUUAUUGAUGAUGAUGUUAUUGAUGACCAUGGUGAUGGGGAUGAUGAGGAUGACCAUGAUGAUGUUAUUGAUGAUGAUGUUAUUGAUGAUGAUGAGGAUGACCAUGAUGAUGUUAUUGAUGAUGAUGAGGAUGACCAUGAUGAUGUUAUUGAUGAUGAUGAUGAGGAUGACCGUGAUGAUGAUGAUGAUGAUGACCAUGAUGGUGUUAUUGAUGAUGAUGAGGAUGACCAUGAUGAUGUAAUUGAUGAUGAUGAGGAUGACCAUGAUGAUGUUAUUGAUGAUGAGGAGGAUGACCAUGAUGAUGUUAUUGAUGAUGAUGAGGAUGACCAUGAUGUUAUUGAUGAUGUUACUGAUGAUGACCAUGAUGAUGGUGACGGUAAGAAUGUUUUUGAUGAUAGGUAGAAUAAAGCACAUUUAGAAAGUCA